UGAUGGUAUCCCUGGUCUAUCCCUGAUUGACCCUUGUCUUUUUCCUCUGGCCAUUUGCUGUGGUGCGACAUGACGCUUUCUACUUCAUCUGGCCCGGGUCACCAAACCCCCCAAGCGCAUGCACUGCCAGCCAACCAGAUGCCGUUGUCACGACCACCCAAGCUUAGCCGCAACUCUCUUCAUCUCUUCACGCCCCAGGCCAUUCUUUCUCCUCUUCACCUCACCCCGUGAGAGAGCCGCUCUUUACAACAUCCUAAUCAACUCACUCACUCACUUUCUCUCCCACUCCUCGCAGUCCUUCGUUACUUGCUUUCCUACCCCAGUCAUUCUUUUGUUCGAGGAGACGAGAUCGUGUUUGCUGUGUUUAUUUGUUGUUUUGAAGCUCUCGUCCUUGUUCCCGGCCCUCACCAACCGAAGUCACUCUUUCAAGCCCAGUCAUCUCAGGAAGACAAAAUACACCGAAUACAUUUGUUCCCGUAGUCUUAUAACCUUACCCACGAUCGCUCAACGCCCCUGACGCUGUUAAUCAUCUGGCCAUUUGGACGUCUUUCGACCGCUAUAAUACCACCUCACCUCCGACCGUCCAUAUCUCCUUCGCUUCGCGUCGAGUACAUUACCCGCAAUCUUCUUCAAACCAGACGGAUGAUAAAUCAAGUUUUCCCACAUCGAUAAUGGAACAUAUACAUUCUCAUGGGCAUCGACAUGUCCACUCACGACUCCAGGCCAUGCACGCAGAGGCAAGACAAGCGCCCAGCAGAGUUACAUUAAUGGAGAGAACGUC